AUGGAAGCCGAGUUUCGGGACAUCGAUGAGAACGGGAGCUGGAGCGCCGUGUAUCAGGACAUCCGCCAGCAGUCAUGUGAACUCCCUUGCAAGGUUGCCAAAUCACCCGAAAACAAGACCCGGAAUCGAUACAGAGACGUCAGCCCGUUUGACCACAGCAGAAUUUGCUUGCAGCUCGGUACCAACGACUACAUUAAUGCCAGCCUAAUAACAGCAGAGGAGGCGCAGAGGAAAUAUAUCCUCACUCAGGGACCCCUUCCGAAUACAUGUGGCCAUUUCUGGGAGAUGGUGUGGGAGCAGAGGACCCGCGGAGUCGUGAUGCUGAACCGAGUCAUAGAGAAAGGAUCUAUUAAAUGCGCCCAGUACUGGCCGCACCGAGAGGAGAAAGAUGCUAUCUUUGAUGAUACCAAUUUCAAGCUCACCUUCGUCUCAGAGGACGUCAAAUCUUACUACACAGUCCGUCAGCUCGAGUUGGAGAACCUGUCGACUGGAGAGACUCGUGAGAUUUUACAUUUCCACUACACCACCUGGCCCGACUUCGGGGUGCCGGAGUCGCCCGCCUCCUUCCUCAACUUCCUCUUCAAAGUGCGCGAGUCGGGAUGUCUGAACUCGGAUCAGGGGCCGGUGGUGGUGCACUGCAGCGCCGGCAUCGGGCGCUCCGGGACCUUCUGCCUGGUGGACACCUGCCUCCUGCUGAUGUCCCUGCGUAAGGACCCGUCUUCGGUGCGAAUCCGCGACGUGCUGCUUGAGAUGCGGCGGUAUCGAAUGGGCUUGAUCCAGACAGCAGACCAGCUGCGCUUCUCCUACCUCGCCGUCAUUGAAGGUGCCAAAUACAUCAAGGGAGACACGUCCCUGCAGGAGUCAUGGAAAGAGCUCUCUAACGAGGAAGACGACCCCCCAGAGUUCAGCCCUCCUCCUCCUCUUCCUCCUCCCAGAGAUCCUCACAACGGGAAAGUCGAGCCAUCGUUUUUUCCUGAGAUGGACGAGCUCAUCCGACACGUGGAGAUCCGCAGUCGGGGGUCCUCGCAAGAGUCGGGGCUGCGGAAGAGGAACAUGGCCGCCCCGGAGCCUCCUCCUGACAGCGAUCAGCCCCACGGCCAUGUAGGAAUCCACGAUUUUACCUCCAAAGCUCCGAACAAAUCCCAGCAGCAGCAGCAGCAGCGUGAGGUGGAGGAGCCGGCGCCGCCCGAGGCGGCCGAGCGGCCAGCAGAUGGCGCUCCUGUGCCGGGGACCUGGUCCCCUCUACUAACCAAUGUGUGCCUGUGCACUGCGCUGGCUCUCAGUGCUUAUGUCUGUUAUCGAGCAUAUUUCCACUGAUGUCUGUCCUCUUUCCUCCUCCUCCUCCUUCCGUUGACUCUCGGAGCAGACCGGGCCGGUCAGUCGGGCUCAGUCUCGUCUUUUCUUUUAUGCAGCACGAGGAGUCGGCCGGCCGCCGCCGCCGCUCCUCACCGCCCGCUCAGACGUCGCUCGUUCAGUAUGCCAUCUUGGAUGCUCAGGGCCUCCGUUUUCUUUUCUUUCUUCCUUUUCUUCCUUUCAGGUGUUUCAUCCCAAACACGUGUCAUACAAAGACUCGACCUUAAAGACGCGGCGCGGUCGGGAUGCGCUCGUUCUCGACUGUCGUGCGAAUCAUGAAUUGUCUCGCAGCUCAUUGCUCUUAUUUACCAAAUGACACCUGAAUGUGUUCUUCCAUUUCGUCCUCAUGUUCGUUUGCUCACACGAGCAGAUCGGAAAUCACACAGUCUGAUUUUUGACCCUCGGUUUGAAAACAUGCCAGUAAAAAUAUACUUUACUUUUAUGUUGCUGUGUUUUGGGUUAAGUAUGUCAAGGCGAGAGAGAUGACGCCACCCUGUGCCAACUGGAGAAGAGAUGCAUGUUGGGAUCGCCAUCUCCGUGUUUCAUAGCAGGAGGGUGCUCUGGGUGAACGUCUUGUGCGUCCAUACAUUUGCGAGAGCGGUCAUUAUCGAAGCUGUUCCUCUCGGAGAGAAAUCCGAGUGUCAGAAGUGAAAUAUUAACCAGGCGACCUCCUGGUUUUUGAUUCCUGCUGUGUUCUCUGUCCUGUUAGCGCAGCAGUGACGUGGGAUUAAAGAAAACAAAAAUAAGGUUGUGGUGUUAAAGUGACUUGUUGCACUUGUGUCAACAUCAGACAAAUCCAAACUGCUGGAGGUCGUCGAUUUGAGCUCAGAAAACACCGAUUAUUGCAGUUUUUCAUUCAAGGGGGAUAAAAACCUCCAUGCUGACUUCGUAGUAAAGCAAAAGAGGUCAAACAACCCGCGUCUAACUUUAAUUUCGCCAGCAAUACGGAUAGUGAACGACGUGCUCACCGUUUAUUUUAUCCAAGUUUGAUCAGGAAACCAGGGAUUUUCAACAAACCAAAAAUCGAACACCAGCACAGGGAGGAAAAAAAAAAAAUCAAGGAAUAAAUACACUGUAGUGAUUA